AUGAAAGGUGCUCACAUGUUUCGCAUGUCUCUCAUGCUAUUGUUUAUGCUGACGAGGGUCUGUAGAGGAGAAAUUAAAGGGGAAGUGCUUACAUCAGAGAUAGAAGGAUGGGUGAAACGAGCUGGCUAUUGCCCUGGAACAGACAUUAGUAAUAUAAUCGGUAUAUCAGUAGAGGAGUGUGCUGCAGAAUGCAAAGCAACUCCAACCUGUGUGAUAUUCACGUAUCACCCUGAGACAAGUCGAUGUUUCAAGAAAAAUUAUGUUUGUCCAACGUCUCAGAUGGUACCAUCAGAAGGUCAAUGGGCUUCAGGAUUGGGUACAUAUCACCCUGUCCCUGAUGCAUGUGAAACUGCAAUGACAAAAGAUAAUCCAACAAUUGAAUUCUCUCCUUCGUCCAUAAAGAUAAGUGACUUGUAUUAUGGACCACAACAUGCAUAUAUUGAUGCCACCACAGUACUACACACUACCUUGGGGACAGUUGAGAAAUUUGGAGGUUGGAUGCCUGCAACAAAUGAUGCAACUGAAUAUUGGGAGGUCUCCUUUCGUGAACUGACAACUGUGGAUAAGGUUAUAACGCAGGGAGGUGAGGGUUCCACAAAUUGGGUAACUCGAUAUAAUGUAAAGCACAAACCAACCUCAAGUGAUGAGUGGGUGAGUGUUGGCCCAUAUGAUGCAAACACCAAUGCAGAGGACAAAGUUACACAUCUGCUUGUACCAACAGCUACCGCCAAAAUCUACCGUCUUGAAAUCAUAGCAUGGAAUGGUGCGAUUGCAAUGAGAGUGGAGCUGAUUGGGUGUCUACCAUCAGGAAGCUGCUCCCAGUCAUUGAUCAAAGCUGACCCUGAUGUCAUCCUAUCUGUUUCAAGUGUUGGUGAUAAUGAUCCAGUUUUAUAUGAUGCGGCACAGUCAAAGAUUGAUACAUUAACAACUGAUGACCAGGAAAUAUUUCGUUUAGGAGGAUGGUCUGCUGGAAUCUAUAAUCAGGAUCAAUGGCUUCAGGCUGAAUUUCCAAAGAUCAAUGUUGUCACAGAGGUCAUAACACAGGGAAGCAAUAGAAGAAAUAAAAUGAUUACAUCAUACAAGGUUUUAUCGAGCAUGGAUGGUGUGAACUGGAUUGAAAGAGAUAGAUUUUCAGAUCAAGAUCCUGAGAAGAUAUCUGGAGAUGACAGAUGCGGACCACCCUACAACAAUAAGGAAUGUGAUGUCUUGACAGCAUAUUGUUGCUCCACUCUUAACUGGUGUGGUUCAGAUUCCCAUUGCUCUUCAUCACUCAUUGACUACAGACAAACAGGUGUAUCAAGGAAAGGUGACGCAGACACAAAACUCUUUCACAAGUUCAGUAAAAGAUUUCUUGCAAAAUAUGUUCGUAUUGUCCCUCUAACAUGGAAUAAUGGUAUUGAACUCAGGGCUGGCUAUCUUGGCUGCGACUAUAGCAACCACAUUAACUUGAGCGAAGGUUUUGACAACACAUUUUCACCAGUGAUCCUCAACCGAAUCAUUGAUUACGAUCUCAACAACAACACUUGUAUGAACAUUCCUAAUACAGCUGAAGACCCCGGAUAUCUGAAAUUCUCAACUGAUUUGAACUUAGAUUUUGGGUCUGAUACAGAGUUUUAUGUUGUGUUGACAGGUCGAUUAGAAUGUGAAAGCCCGUACCAUUAUGUGUACUCCGUAGAUGUGGAUGCCCCAGCUAGUACAAAUCUUCACACAGGACGGUUUGAAAAAUGCCAGCUUAUUACUGCUGAUGCCCUUCCUGACAACAGAAACAGCUGUACGUACAUCUGUGGAUGCAAUCCAUGUGGCUACAGUGGUCUUGCAUUUUUCAAUCUCCCGAAAUCAAACACCUGGACAUUAUGUGAUGUUAAAGUGGUACCAUUAGACAUGAUCUAA